GUUGGACCUCGAUGCCGUGGAGACGCGGGAGAGGUUGUAGGAGCUCCGAGGGAUGGGGAGGGCAGCCGCUCUCCUGCCACGCAGCCUCAAAGGGUUAACAGGUCCCGAGGAGCCUGGAGGGACCGUUCACACCCUCUGCCCAAUCCUGGGAUUCCCUCUGUGCUAAUUGAGCACUAACCAGAUCAAAGGCUCCAAUCAGGCAAUCAACACCCCCUGGCCCCUGUCCUCAGGUCCGGCCCUGGCUGCCCUUUGUCUGGGACCAGAGCGGAGCAAUGUGGCUUCUCCUCAGCUUUAAAGCCAGCCUGGCCUGGGCUCUCCUGAGCCUGGUUCUGGGGAUGGAGUUAAGUUUGCAGGAAAGUUUACUGUUAAAAUCCUUGGGUUUGAGUGCCAAGCCCAGCCCGAAAACGCCCGUUCCUGUGCCGUCUGUGCUCUGGCGGAUCUUCCAGAAGAGAAAGACGCUGCCCUCUCCAAACAAAGACCUGGCAGAUGGCUGUAGGGUGGAGGAAUUUAAUGUCCCUGGGAACAUCAUCCGUGUCUUCGCUGACCAAGGCCACUUCAUUCAUAACGGGCAGCCCCAGAGGUUGCUGUGUCUGCAGAAGCGUCUGUACUUCAACCUCUCGGUGCUGGAGGAGGGGGAGCACUUGACGAUGGCUCAACUGGAGAUCAAAUUCAGCCACAACUCCUACCACACCUCCAGGCAGGGGCAGGUUUUUGAGCUGAGGCUCUACCAAACCUCCCAGCUGUCUCUCCGGGGGGUGCCCUCCCAGCAGCACAGCCGAAAGCUGCUGGUGGAACAGUCCUUCGCCCGGCUGCACAAGUCUCUUCUCUUCAACCUGAGCGGGGUGGCGAAGGACUGGAGAACGUCCAGCAGGAACCUGGGCUUGGUGCUGGAGAUCUCGGUGAGUGGCAGCGAUGGGGCCUCGGCCCCGGCCUGCGGGGGGCUGCAGAGCCUCUGCACCAGCAUCGACUCCUUCCUGGACACCUCCCUCCUGGUGGUGACCCUCAGCCAGCAGCAGUGCAAAGCUGCCAGGAGGAGGAGAAGCGCUCGCUCCCUCCCCAUCACCACGAGCAACCUCUGCAAGCCCAGGCGGCUUUACAUCAGCUUCAGCGACGUUGGGUGGGAGAACUGGAUCAUCGCCCCCCAGGGCUACAUGGCGAAUUACUGCCUGGGCGAGUGCCCCUUUCCCCUGACGGCGGAGCUCAACAGCACCAACCACGCCAUCCUCCAGACCAUGGUGCACUCGCUGGACCCCCAGGGCACCCCCCAGCCCUGCUGCGUCCCCGUCAGGCUCUCGCCCAUCUCCAUCCUCUACUACGAUAACAACGACAACGUGGUGCUGAGGCACUACGAGGACAUGGUGGUGGAUGAGUGCGGCUGCCGGUAGCGGAGCGGCGGGGAGGGGGGGGGGUGCCGGGGGGCUCCCGGCUGAGGCGGCGGAUGGUUGAUGGAAUAAAUCCGAGUGUGUUAAAUCCACUCUGUGCUGGUGUUCAGGGAGUCGCCCCUGGGGCAGGGGCAGCGAGGGUCGGGGCCACGGAGGUCUGGCACGAAGGGAGCGGUGCUGGCGCUGGGAUUGAGGUGCAGCUCAGCCCUGCGAGCAGCCGUCGGCCGCCGCUGACGGACUAUUAUGGGAUUAUGAUCAAGUCUGAGGCUGGUUGUCUGUUCCGUUCUGCACGGGUGAUGGCAGCACCAGGUUGUGAAUCCCAGACCCCUCUCGCGCUUGGCUGAGCUGCUGCUGGUGCUUUUUGGUGAAAUGCUGCAGCGUUCUCAGUGCGAAAAGGAAGUUUUUGGGGU